AUGCUUUCGAAAGAGAAGCAAGCAUUAGAAGAACAGCUGCAGAAGACGUUGCAUGAUGGAGCAGAGAUGAAAGAGAAGGUCUCAAGCCUUGAGCGAGAUAAGGAAACAACUCAAAAACAACAUGAAGACGAGCUGAAAUUGGUACGGGUACAAUUACAACAGCAAGAAUCAACAUCUCAAGCACAACAGCAGUCAAGUAGCGAGCUUGCCGAAGCUUUGGAAAAAGUUCGAUCAGCUGAGGAGACGAAACUUUCUAUCGAAAAGGUCAUGCAGCAGCUGAAAUCUGAAUUGGCUGAAAAGCAACGAGAGGUUACUUCUCUUCGGCUGAUUGAAGCGAACGCAAAUGUAAUGGUGUCUGAAGCAAAGCAAAAGAUCGAUCUCUUCAAUGAACUCGAACAAGAUUGGCAGAAGAAGCAGUUACGCCUUUGUGAGAAGAUUGAUAUGAUCGCUUCUUGGAUUAUCACAAAUUCCAAUAAUUUGCCGAUCAAAGAAGAAAAUGAAGUGAAGAUGCAGGAGGAAAUUUAA